UUGCCAGCAAAUCCGAUAAGCUGCUGCAGCGCCCUCUAGUGUUCAUACUGAGCGUGUGGCGCCGCUGUGGAACCGCUAGAUGGCGAUUCUUCAGAAACACUCACUGCACACUGGAGCCUCCGCCAGCACCACAGACAUGUAAACAAAAGGCAGAUUUCAUAGGUUUUAGCCUACGGGUUUUAGGCAAAAUCUGCAGAAAUGGGCAAGCGAGAUAACAGAGUGGCAUACUUGAACCCAAUAGCUGCUGCCAGAGCCAGAGGACCUGCACCCACCUCCGGCACCACCAUUCAGGAUUAUCUCAGCAGACCACGACCAUCAUGGGAGGAGGUGAAAGAACAGUUGGAAAAGAAAAGGAAAGGCUCCAGAGCCCUGGCUGAUUUUGAGGACAAGAUGAACGCGCGAUGGAAGAAGGAACUGGAGAAAAACAGGGAGAAGGUGCUUGGGGGAGGUGAUAAGAAAGAAAAAGAAAAGGAGAAAGACAAGGAGAAGGAAAAGAAGGAGAAAAAGAAGAAAGAGAAGAAGAAGUCCAGUAGGCAUUCCUCAUCUUCCUCCUCCUCAUCAUCGAGUUCUGAUUCCUCCUCCAGUUCCUCCUCAGAUGCUGAAGACGAUGAUGAGAAGAAAAAUCUAAAAAAGAAGAAAAAGAGAAAACGAUCCUCAACCCGGAAAGCGUCUGAUGAGACUGACUCCGAGUCUGAGACUGAUAGCAGGGACGAAAAGGACUCUCGAAAGAAGAGGAAAGCUGAAAGAAGUCAGUCCGAGUCUUCUGACGAGUCUGAUGUAGACAAAGACGCUGACUCCAAAAAGAAGAAACAUAGUAGUGAAGAGAAGGAGAAAAUUACAGAUAAGUCUAAAAAGAAAAAGAAAAAGAAGAAGCAUAAGAAACACAGCAAAAAGAAAAAGAGGAAGACCUCCAGCUCGGAGUUGGACUGAAGGUGCUAGCGGCGGCUGGAUUUGUGAAUGGUAACGGAAAAGACAGAGCUCUUGACAGACAGUGGAGAAAUAAAUCCAUCAGAAAGCUGUCCAAGUGACUCUUAAAAGUGGGUGCUCUUUAGCAUCGUGCAGCUGUAGUGGAGACUGGGAUGAGAGGAUCGUGGCGGGGGUGUUGAACAGGGCGUGGGGUUCAUUACGUCAGGUUUGUGUUUGUUUUUUAAGCAGAUGAUUCUCAGUCCAAAUAAAGACCAUUUACACAUCA